AUGAAGAUUAGAGGAAGGAAGAUGAGAAAAGACGAAGACAGUCUUAGUGGCCUGUCUCUCUGCGACUGGGCCCAACAGCUCACAGCAUGCCGGGUCGCGCUCCGCCUGCCUUUGCUGGCCGGCUCGUCGUGUUCUAUCGAUUAUGACAAUAUAACAAGGGCAGUGAUGCCGGGAAUGGUGAUGUUUCGGCGGCGCUGGUCAGUUGGCAGUGAUGACCUGGUGCUGCCCGCCCUCUUCCUUUUUAUACUGCACUGCAUUUGGUUGGUGGUUCUGUCCGUGGUUCUGUUCGGCCUCCCGUAUGGCUCGGAGCAGUCGUGCUCUAUAACGCUGGUGGACCAUGGCCGAGGGUACUUGGGCAUCCUGGUCAGCUGCCUCAUCUGUGAAAGCGCCAUCAUGUGGCUGAGCAUGAGGGGAAGCAUUUUGUACACACAGCCCAGAGAAGCUGUGCAGUAUGUCAUCUAUAUACGGCUCGCUAUUCUGUUGGUUGAGCUAGUAUAUGCAGUUGUAGGAAUUGCCUGGCUUCUUCAGUAUUAUCAGCCGUGCUCUGAUGUCACAGCCAAAAACUUGGCUUUAGGAAUUGUUGCGUGCAAUUGGUUAGUGAUAUUAAGCGUUUGCAUUACCCUCAUGUGCACAUUUGAUCCGACGGGGCGGACUUUUGUCAAACUGAAAGCGACUCGUCGGCGUCAGCGCAAUCUCACUACAUACACACUCAGACACAGACUAGAAGAAGGCCAGGCCAGCAGCUGGAGCAGGAGGCUGAAGUUCUUCAUGUGCUGCACAAGAGCUCAGGAUACACAAUCAGAUGCUUAUUCAGAAGUGGCCAGCCUUUUCGCAGAGUUUUUCAGAGACCUGGACAUUGUGCCAAGCGAUAUCAUUGCUGGCCUGGUUCUUCUUCGCCAGAGACAGAGGUCCAAGAGAUCGUCUAUCCUAGACCAGGCCAACAAUGACAUUUUAGCCUUCUUGUCAGGAAUGCCUGUCACUCGUAACACUAGAUACUUGGACCUCAAGAACUCGACCGAGAUGAACAUGUACAAAGAUGUGUGUUAUUAUAUGCUCUUUGCUCUCGCUGCAUAUGGCUGGCCCAUGUAUCUGAUGAGGAAGCCGGCCUGUGGGCUGUGCCGCCUCGCCAGCUCCUGCCCCUGCACAUCAGUGUCUGGCUCUCGGCUGUCUCAGUCGGUGACUGUGGAGGAGGACAAUUGCUGCGGCUGCAAUGUCAUUGCCAUUCGUAGACACUUCCUUGACAGGGAUCUCAAGCAGGUUCACAUUGUCUACACAUCCUGUCACGACGCUGUUUAUGAAACUCCAUUCUUUGUGGCUGUGGAUCACGCAAAGAAGAAAGUUGUCAUCAGUAUCAGAGGAACACUUUCACCAAAGGACGCCUUGACUGAUCUAACGGGGGAUUCUGAGCGUUUGCCUGUAGAGGAGCAACAUGGGACGUGGCUUGGCCACAAGGGAAUGGUUUACUCAGCAGAAUACAUUAAGAAGAAACUGGAACAGGAAAUGAUCUUGUCACAAGCUUUUGGAAGAGACUUGAGCAAGGGCACCAUGCACUAUGGGCUGGUGAUAGUUGGGCAUUCUCUUGGUGCAGGAACUGCUGCUAUUCUGUCCUUCCUGCUCCGGCCUCAGUACCCCACACUACAUUGCUACUCUUACUCUCCACCUGGUGGACUUCUCAGUGAGGAUGCCAUGGAGUACUCAAAAGAGUUUGUCUCAUCUGUGGUGUUAGGAAAAGACCUGGUUCCAAGGCUGGGCCUCUCACAGUUGGAGGGUUUCCGACGACACCUUUUGGAAGUCUUGCAGAAAAGUAACAAGCCAAAGUGGAGGAUUAUUGCGGGAGGCACCAAAUGCAUCCCCAAAUCAGAGCUUCCAGUGGAGGAUGAUGAUCCUCAGUCUCAGCCGGCAGCGCCCCCCAGCAGUCGACUGUGGCUACACCCCAGUGACCUCAGCAUUGCCCUCUGUGGCCAGGAAGAGCCCACUUACUCGGCUCUGUGGGGGGACAACAAGGCCUUCAAUGAAGUCAUCAUAUCCCCCGCCAUGCUGAAUGAGCACAUGCCCCACAUGGUGAUGGAAGGCCUUAAUAAGGUGCUGGAGAACUACAAUAAAGGCAAAACUGCUUUACUGUCAGCGGCCAAGAUCAUGGUGAGCCCCACAGAAGUGGACUUGAACCCAGAGGCACUGUUUGUGGAUGCCUCGACAACCUCUCAGCAGCCGACGCCUACACCCCACCACCGCAGGAACAGUAGUGUUCGUUCGUGUGCCCAGUCUGAAAUAUCUCUGGAUGGUUUCUCUGAGUGCCCUCCUCCCCCAGUGCCUGUAGUGCUGCGUGGAGCACGGGAGCGUUUGGCAGUGGAGCUUAGGGACCGCAAAGCUCCACUGGCUGUCAUGGAGAGCCUCUCGGAUGCAGAGUCCCUCUAUAGUCUGGAUUCACGACGUUCCUCAGCUGCAUUAAGGGGUUCACCCAUGCUCAGUAGCCUACCAUUCCCUUUGGACGCCCCAAUUCCAGAGGAGAAUCCAUCUCUAAGCUCUCGCACUGAACUGUUGGCCGCAGACUGCCUCUGCCAGGCAACGCCAGAGCACUUGGGUGAAGUCGGACCCUUUUUUACCCCAAUGGAUGCCAGAUCCACUCCAGAUUACUCCAUGAAGCUGUCUCCUGCCACGCCUCGUUACAGUGGACACCAUUCCCCAACUCUUCUGAACCAGAGUGUCUUGGCGCAGCAUUUCAAACCAGACUCUAAUGCCACCCCAACAGCACUCCCAGAUGGAGAUCAGAUGCCUGGUAUCUACAGUCCAGGGAGCACUCCUAACGCUCCCCUAAGCCCACAAAUGGGCUCCAAACCAGUGUGUAGAGAGGGGGAGUACUUGGAGCAGGAGACGGCCGAGAAACGGUUGAGCGCAGAAACCGCACCGACAGCUUCUACCCCUCCACCUCAACUCUCCAAUGGAAACCCCAGUCAGGCAGUGCUGGAGUUUGCUCAGUACUUGGACUCUCUAUUCAGACUGGACGGCAGCAGUUCUCCACCCCUGGAAUUAUCUGACGGGGAGUCGGAGUCGGGCCGGGGCUCGUUCGGUCAGGCCGAGUGUCUGGGAGAUAGACAGCAAUUAGAUGACAAACAACUCCUGGCCAGAGCGACGCUGGAGCCCAACCUGGUCCCCAAGCCUCCGCGCACUUUUGCAGAAUCUGCUGACCCCUCUUCAGGCAUAUCCUUGUCCCCCUCCUUCCCUCUCUCAUCAUCUGAAGAGCUCAACGACCUCUCCCCUGGCGAGGGCCCCCCCCCUGCCAUAAACUCCUUACGAACAUCGAGCCCUUGCCACUGUCCUGAAGAGAACACGCUGUCGUCGAUGGUGUAG